AUGGCCGCAUUCGGGGCCCAGGUCUCACUCCUGAAUUCGUUUCUGACGGAAAUCGUCGACAGUAUCCGCAGCAAGAAUGGACAACGUAUCACCGACCUCAUCCAACUCGACUUUGACAGCCUGAGUCCGGAGCGUCAAAAGCCAUAUUCUGAACUCAACCAAGAGCUCAACCGGGCCCAUCCUCCAGAGAGAGAUGGAGAUCUUGUGGCCAGGUGCAAGCAGACUGUGUCGCCGGACGAGUUUGGGUCCUUCAGCACGUCCUUCUCGGAAUGCAUCAUCCAGUAUUUUCGCUACCUUCGAGACUUUACGUCCGCGGACAAUCAGGCAAAAGCAACCAAGAUUCGGCAGUUGACCAGUCAAUGUGUAAUCGCCUUGGGGGACACCAAGUAUGGGAUCAUUAUGAUACCAAUUGUGCUCUCGUUUUCCCGCACCCUUGCAGCGAUUGCUACCAACCUGGAUCGAAAUCCUUCUUUGAUUCGAAAUCCUAGUCUGGCGACCGCACAGGAUACCGAAGGUGCUCCGGGGAAGGUGAGCUUCGUGGAGGACGCAGCGAAUGUGCUACGAGAGGCAUUCAUCAAGUGUCUUGCCGGCAGCCCUGGAGUUCCGCGAACAUCUCGUCCUUCUCCAGAGGACAAGCGGGUUGGCAUCUAUCUGACGGCAAAUUCGUGUCUGAAGCUGCUAUUACAGUGUCACCGCCUGCGCAACGCUCAGCAGAUGCUCUCGAGCAUCGACGUUCAGUCACCGCCGUUAUCCUACUACCCAGCAGCACAGCGGGUUACGUUCUUGUACUACCUGGGUCGGUUCCAUUUCGCCAACAAUCAUUUUCGACGUGCACAGAAAGUCCUACAGACGGCGUACGAACAGUGCCAUCGCCAAGCUAUCAAGCAUCGACGGUUGAUCUUGAUCUACCUGAUAGCAGCCAACCUUUGUCUUGGUCGAUUCCCCUCUUCAACACUCCUCUCACGUCCAGAGAGCAGAGACAUUGGACCAAGAUUCACUCCCCUCUGCAAGAUCAUACAAACGGGCAAUCUUGGACUCUUCCACCAGUACCUGGAUCUGGAUAGCGAGUCCGGAGAGUGGUUCCUCAAGCGGUCCAUCCUCUUUCAGCUGCUUAACCGGUGCGAGAUCCUGGUGUGGAGGAGUCUGAUUCGCAAGACUUUCCUCCUUGUCGGCUACAUGGGCGAAGAGAAGAAAAUCCCAUUCCUCAGGUUGAGCUAUGUCCACCGUGCAGCGGUGUGGGCAUUGGGCAGGCAGCGGGCGAUUUCGACGGCCAAUGGAUUUGGCUCACACGCUGCCUUGGCAGAUGAGAAGAAGUACGUCGACCCUGAGUUCGCAGAUAUGGAUGCGGCGAUCAACGAGACCGGGUUUGAUCCGGAAACGGGAGUGUACAUUGACGAAUAUAUCGGGCAGUAUGUACCAUACAGCAGUGAAGGGGAGGAGUCGCCUGCCAUGAACGAAGUGGAAUCUGCAGUCUUGAGUCUGAUCCAGCAGGGUCUGUUGAGGGGCUUCGCUCUGCAUACCAAUCCCCGGUUCGCGAUCCCAGGGAGCCAAAAGGCUGGGGGACCUAUGAAGGCAGGAUUCCCUGAAGUGUGGAGCGUCACUGCCAGUAAAGACGGAGGGGAACCAGUGCCCGGUUGGGUGGAAGAAGGAAAUCUAGAUGCAGGGGGAGGCGGGAGGGUGGUGAGGAUAUUCGGAGCUAGACCAGCAGGUGCAUGA